GCACCCCAAAAACCCCUCGGAACCCCCAAAACCCCCGGGCCGCACCGCCGCGAUGUUCCUGACGCGCUCCGAGUACGACCGGGGUGUGAACACCUUCUCUCCCGAGGGGAGGCUCUUCCAGGUGGAAUAUGCCAUCGAGGCCAUCAAGCUGGGCUCCACGGCCAUCGGCAUCCAGACGGCGCAGGGCGUGUGCCUGGCGGUGGAGAAGAGGAUCACCUCGCCCCUCAUGGAGCCCGCCAGCAUCGAGAAGAUCGUCGAGAUCGACUCCCACAUCGGCUGUGCCAUGAGCGGCCUCAUCGCCGAUGCCAAGACCUUGAUCGACAAGGCCCGAGUGGAGACUCAGAACCACUGGUUCACCUACAACGAGACGAUGACGGUGGAGAGCGUCACCCAGGCCGUGUCCAACCUGGCCCUGCAGUUUGGGGAGGAAGACGCCGAUCCCGGAGCCAUGUCCCGCCCCUUCGGAGUGGCGCUGCUGUUUGGAGGAGUGGACGAGAAGGGCCCCCAGCUGUUCCACAUGGAUCCGUCGGGAACGUUCGUGCAGUGCGACGCCAGAGCCAUCGGCUCGGCCUCCGAGGGCGCCCAGAGCUCCCUGCAGGAGGUUUAUCACAAGUCCAUGACGCUGAAGGAGGCCAUCAAAUCGUCCCUGGUGAUCCUGAAACAGGUGAUGGAGGAGAAACUCAACGCCACCAACAUUGAGCUGGCCACGGUGGAGCCUGGGAUGAAAUUCCACAUGUACACCAAGGAGGAGCUGGAAGAGGUUAUCAAGGAUAUCUGAAAAACAAGGAAAAAAAAACAAAAUCCCAAACCCCACAAUUUCCCACCCCCCCAAAUCAAAGGAACUCUCCCAGUUCCCGGGAUUCCCUCUCCUUUAUCCCACCGGAUCUGGAGAUUUUUGUACUCUUUGUGGACAGAACUGAGGAGGGGAAGGAAAUAAAUGAUUUUAUUAUUC